CAUUUGCGAGAUGACUUCGAUACGGCGAUUUAAUACAGAUGACCUUAUUUCGAUACAGACACAGAAUCUGUUGUCGCUUCCCGAGAACUACACAAUGAAAUAUUACUACUUCCAUCUGAUUACAGCACCGGAACUGUCGUGGGUCGCAGUGGAUGACAAAAACCACGUUGUUGGCUACGUGCUAGCCAAAGUGGAUGACGAUGAUUCCACAUGUGGAGCCAUCACGUCUGUAGCAGUCAAUCGCAACUAUCGUCGUUUGGGUUUGGCAAACCGUCUGAUCCGCCAGUCUCAGCGAAAGAUGAUGGAAAUAUACAAUUUGAAACGCUGCCGACUGAAUGUGCGGGAGUCGAACUACGCGGCGCAGCACCUGUAUGAAAAAACACUCGGCUUUAAGCGCAUUGAUGUCGAUGUAAAGUACUACGCGGACGGUGAGAAUGGAGUGAAGAUGGAACAAGAUUUGGUGGCUCUGCGUGCCGAACUGGGCCUUCCUGCUUUCAAGGGAGAAGCUUCGAACGAGGAUUCUGCUAGUGAGAAGGCCAGUGAGAAGAAAUCAAAGAAAAACAAAAAGUGAUAAAAGUGUGAGUUAUGGGGGAGAUUGGAA